AUGCCAUAUUCUGUAUCUGUCAAAUGUUUCGUCCAUUCUGGAGGCUGGACUCACAGACCUGGUUUGGUCUACUUUUUCACGGGUCGUCAUGCGAGUCUCGUCUUCGUGGAGGAGAGACUAAGCGCACAACAGCCAAUAGGUUCGCCAUUCAGGUCUGGUGGGAUAUUGUCCAACUCUACCGGUGCUGAGCAAUAUUGGCACUUUUCGCCGACGGAGGAGGAGGAGGAGAUGUUGAGCACUAUACGUUCUCCGCCGGGAACGCUUCAAUUUCCGAACUAG